GUCCGGCGCACCGGAAGGGCCACCGGCACCACUGCGCACGCGCCGCCUCCUCCCCUGGUCCAGCCGAGGAGGCUCCCUGAGGGUGGGACUCACCCCGGCUGCGAAAAGGGAAACAAGCGGUGAUUGGCGACUAGGAGGCGGAAGGGCAGGUUCUCCUUCCGGGUCGCGCUCGGGCGCUAGUUUGUCGUUGAUGUCUGGGGUUACUAGGUGAAUUGCCGGUAGUGUGGUGUGUAAAGUUCGACUGUGACUCUUAGAAUUAAAGCGUUGGUGAAUUAAAUUAAAAUUAGAGUCUUAGAAUUAAAGGGUUGUGGAGGUGGCUCCGGUAGGGACGCCUUCUCCCAAUCCUGACGACCUGACUUCGGUCUUUGCGACCCAUAUGAUGGCAAUAGAAUCGAUUCCCGUUAGUUGUCCACUGACUUCUUUAUGGAGCUGAGGCACACAUAUGCCCACAAGUUUUUUUCAAAGGCUUGCUGGAGAAUAGGAGUAUUACGUCCCUUGAACGUCUUGGCAUCUUCAACCUAUUGGAACUGUGCCAGGAAUGCCUGUCUUAAUUCUGCACUGUACAACAUUCAUUUUAGACGUGUUCAGACAUCAGUUGUUUCCUCUGCUCCAAGACUUGUCACAUCUGUUGGACAGUUGGCAUACGGGCAUACUGCAACAGUCCUUAAUAGAGUGGCCACAUUGGUUCCCAGUGUCCUAAAGCCGCCGGUCAGAGCUCUGACAUACUGCAGCACGCGCAAAGGCAAGAGAAAGACAGUAAAGUCGGUUGUGCAUCGCUUCCUCCGGCUUCAUUCUGGCCUUUGGCUAAGGAGAAAGGCUGGCUAUAAGAAAAAAUUAUGGAAAAAGUCAACUGCAAGAAAGAAGCGCUUGAGGGAAUUUGUGUUCUGCAACAAGACCCAGAGUAAACUCCUAGAUAAAAUGACAACGUCUUUCUGGAAGAGGCGCAACUGGUAUGCUGGUGACCCUUACCAGAUGUACCAUGAUCGAACAAACCUGCGAGUAUAGUUCAGAGCUGUCAUAGUUCCCAGCUAUGGAAUGUGAAUCUCUGUGUAUGUGAUGUCCUUGCAAAAGUGAGUAUGCAUUGAACUGUAAGCUGUACCAGCUGAUAGGCAAGCUUGGGUCACCACCAUUGUGCAUUAAACAUUCCCAGAGUUGGUCAUAGAAUUAAAAGUUAAAUUUAUUGUGCAUUAUUUCAAAAAACUGA